AUUUGUAGUUCUCUCCCCCUCUUCACACACAGCAAAUAUUUUAGAGUAAAGCUCUCUAAAUAACAGCUAGUUUGCAUGCAUACUCUAGUGUGAAGUUCAUUCUUGUCUGUCUAGACUCUGAUUACGACCCUGUUUGUCUGCGUUUUUUUACCUUGACCUUGGACUUCCGUGCAGCUGCCGUUUAGAUGAGCCCUUCGUAGUUGUAAUUUCCUUGAGACAAAAGAACUAUAGUCUCUGUCCGAGGAAGGACAGAGUUUUAGCUUCCUUAGUGCUGUAUACAAAUACUCGACGGUGGCCUGGUUAUUCCCAAGAGUGCAAAAAUGUUGAUAAACUAGGCAUCCUUCGUAGGGCAGCUUGUGGCCUGCUUUAUGAGUGACUCAUGGGAUAGGCAUCACAAAAAGCCUAUUUUAUGGACACUUUGAGGGACUAUCCCAUCGGUAAUAUUUUAAACUCAAAAAAAAUACAGCCAGGAUUAAGAUUUUUAACCUCGAAGUAUUUUAAAGAAAGUCCUGCAGACUAGAGGAAUAAGGCAUUUCCGCAAUUUGAUUUCUAACAUGAUUAUGCGGCCUAGUGACGAGAUUAAAUAAAAAGAUGUUUUGGAGAAAUAGGUCCGCGUUUCUACCAUGUUGUCUAAUUAAAUAAGGUCUGUGGCACACAGUCCAGCUGAAAGCCGUCCCUUGUUCCUAUUUUUGCCUGGAAGCGUCAGCAUCUACUUGUGCUAUGAAUGAAUACUCCAGUGAAACUGAAACAUCACAUGAAUUCUUUUGAUGGUCAUUUUAAUUUGCUCAUUAUCACCGAAAACGCUUUUGGGCCUAACAGGGAAUAUUUAGAAAGAGCAUACCUUUGCCCACUCAUACUGCCCAAAAAAAAAAUGGCUGUAGCUUAUAUAAACUAAAUGAAGCUAUCAUUCAUUGUAGGAGAUUACUGUGAUUCUAUCUUCGAAUUAAAGAUAAUCUAUUUGCUAAAAUGUAGUUUGCAAUGACGGUAUCUUACCUGGAAUGGCUCUCACCUCGUCCUGCGGUUGUUACUGCAGAGGUGCAUGACACUCAUUCAACACAUUCAACUUGGCUAAUACUAAAACUCCUAGUUCUGCAUCUCACACACAAAACACACACACAAACACACACACAUAGACCCUGCACAUACCAAAUUGUCUUUUUUUCUCACCUGACUCAUCAAAUAGAAAAAUAGUCACCUCUAUUUUUUUUAGGUUCCACAACAUCAGUCUCUGAAAGGCAACAUAAUUAGAAUAAUGAGCCAACAUAAAUAUUUUGGCAUGCUGGAAAAGUCAUACUCCACGAGCAGGUUCAGCCUGUUAGUAUGUGACACUGUGGCAGUUAUGAACGCGUUUAAAGGAAAUGCGUCCUUCAAAAAAGGAGUCUUGAUAAGAUUGGACGGUUUGUGUUUACGCACACACGUUUGCUUUGACAGCUGUAAAUUUCUUAAUGCUGAAUAUUUUUGGUUUCAUAAUGGACAUCAAAUUGACCACAGAUUCCAGCUUCAGCCAUUUUCUCUUUAUUUUUUUUUACAUUUAAUAAUCAAGCUGAACCUUAGUUGGAAUAUAUCGCCUCCACCCAGCAGCCAACGAAGUGAGACAAAGUUGGCGCACCAAUGCGUCAAAAAGCAAGCUGCAAGAUUUAGAGUCAGAUUUUUAAUUAGAAAUAGUUGUUUUUUUUAUUUUCCAUGUACCAAUUGUGACAUGUAUUAUAUUCUGCUGUAUUCUCUUGCAAUCCUCGGAGUCGGCCAAAUUUCACAGGUUGUUUUCGUUUGCCCAUAUCUUGAAAGUAUCCUAACUUCCCUUUAAGGGUGUGGGUCUCGAUGAUUUAAGCCAAUGAUAUGACUCGGUAUUCUGCAGGAAAAAACUGUGACAUGCGAGGCAGUGGGUCUUUAAAGGGCUGCUCUGCCCCAACUCACAAGCCCAAUCUCGUAGGACUUGUUAGCGUAUCACGUGCCAGAUUCUUAAUGAAGUGGACACACUAGGGCCUCGUGUGCGCAUGCGCUUAGUGUAAAAUGUAGUUGGAAAUGAGGUGUCCGUCUUGGAGUAGUCGACUUUUAAAAAGCAUCGGCAGCCCCUGAUAUGACGACUUCGCUGGUUCUGCAUCCACGCUGGGCGGACACCUUGAUGUACGUUUAUGAAAAAAGCCCGAAUGAAAACAACCAGAAUAAAAGCCAAACAAUGGAGGGACUGAGCGGUAAUUGCCCUGCGACCCACUGCAGGGACCUGAUGUCGCACCCCGCGCUGGGACGACAUUCUGGCACCAUAGCGACCCACCAGGGCUCCGUCUACUCGGAUAUUUCUUCUCCAGACACCGGCCGUCAGUGUCCCGCUCCCCAAACAUCAUCGAGUGCAUCUUUGAGCUACGGUUAUCCAUUUGGAAACCCAUAUUACGGCUGUAGAUUAUCUCAUUCGCACAACGUGAACUUGCAGCAGAAGCCCUGCUCGUACCAUCCCGCAGAGAAAUAUGCCGAGCCUAGCACAGCGCUGCCCACGGAAGAACUGUCUACCAGGGCGAAAGAGUUUGCCUUCUACCCGAGUUUCGCCAGCUCAUAUCAGGCUGUUCCCGGAUAUCUCGAUGUGUCGGUGGUGCCCAGUAUCAGUGCCCAUCCUGAACCGCGGCACGACGCCUUGAUCCCCAUGGAGGGCUACCAGCACUGGGCUCUCUCGAAUGGCUGGGAUGGGCAGGUGUACUGCUCCAAAGAGCAAACGCAGUCAACUCAUCUUUGGAAAUCACCUUUUCCAGAUGUUGUGCCACUGCAGCCUGAGGUCAGCAGUUACCGUCGUGGGCGUAAAAAGCGUGUCCCUUACACUAAGAUCCAGCUGAAGGAGCUGGAGAAAGAAUAUGCAGCCAGCAAGUUCAUCACCAAAGACAAGAGAAGACGCAUCUCGGCCGCCACCAACCUCUCAGAGCGUCAAGUCACCAUCUGGUUCCAAAACCGGCGAGUCAAGGAGAAGAAAUUUGUCAGUAAAUCCAAGAACAAUCACAUGCACACCACUUGAUUAAGAUGAGCGACCUCCUUGAAACUGCAACUCAUACCUUCCAAAACAUCAUGCCAUAUAUUUACCUCUUGCAUCGAGAAUCGUUGCUGAAGAACAUUUUGGCUGAGUGUUGUUUUUUUUUUUUUUUUUCCUUUUUUUUUUCAAUGUUAAACUUCCAUCACCAUCUCCAUCGACCAUGCCAUCAGCCCCCUGUUUUCAAUUUAGAGACAAUGCUCUAAAAACUGUGAAAAUAUUGAAAAUUCACUCCACAUUUGUUUUAUAUGAAUGUACAUAUAUAAAUAUAUAAUAUUUAAAACGAUAUCUGUAUUUCAAAGACAAGUAUUGCGUGUUUUCUUUUUCUUUUUCUUUUUUUUUUUCCAAGCCAAAUCUCAAAAGGACUGAUGACAUUUGACAAUGGGCAGAUGAAAACAGAGGAGACGGUUCGUAAGAUGAUGUCAUUUUAGGAAAAUAACCGCCAUAUGGACGGGAAUUGUUGUGGCAUAAUGACAUGUUGAACUUGAGAGACUUAAACAUCUUCAACAAACAACUCACAGAGAGGACUCUCGGGAGAAAGAUUUUCUUUUUUUAAAAAAAAAUUAUUCCUUCUGAAUUUCAAAAGCUAUGUUCCUCUCUGCGGGGUAUGUUCUCUUAAGCCUGGGUAAAACAAAGGCUGCUAUGUUGUUAAUCUGUAUAGUGCAAUGCCUUUAUUAUUUAAUUCAUAUUAUCUAGUAUGGCGGAACUGUAAGCUGGAAUAUCCCAAGACCUGUAUGUUUUCCUUUAUCAGUGAAGGAUUCUGUCAUGCAACUGGAAUGAUUGUAAACCAGUGAGUAUUACACAUAAAUGCACAAUCGUUUUAUUUUGUUCUUUGUUAGUGUAGCAUUGGAGCUGAUCACACGCCUUGUACGAAGCCUGUAAUUUCUACUUUCGUGCAGUAUGUGAACUGUAUUGUGGUGUUGAAUUGCGUACUGGUAACGUGUUUCAUAAAUAAAUGAUGAUUAUG